AUGGCAAAGCCACGGACGAACUUCCUACAAAGGCCCAGUGACAAUCCCUACCUCACCCUCAGUACGAACUUCGGCCUCCCGUACACUUGUCAAGAUCUCUGCACCCGCAUCUUCGAAGCACCCUCCCUCAAACACCUCCUUAAACCUGGCUACGACGGAUUCCUCAUCAAAAGUCUAGGCCGACCCGGUAGCCCCAGUGACCCAUACCUCCCCUCACUUUUAUGGGAACUCUCUCGACACGAAGAUAUCUGUACAAUCUUCCUUGAACAGGUGAACUGGUCCUUUUUCAAUCCCUCGCGACAUGUGUGGCAUGCCUCCAUUACCGCCUUCCGCAACGUCACGUAUCUCGGCUUGAUCGAAGUCUCACUGCUUGGCGAGGAACUAUGCUCCCUUAUCCGUUCAUUCCCACUACAAGGGCUAGAGCUCCAUAAGUGUUCCAUCACUAAUGCCCUGCCAUUACAACCUCUUGCCAUAGAUCCAGAAACGAUUAUGCUUAACCAGCAAGGUCCCGAGAUCGAAAAUCUGAUUAUUACUGUGGGCGAAGAUUCUAGUCUUCUGGAGUUUUUCACCCAACUCUGGUCCCCGUUGUCGUUCCGCGAGCUCGGGGGACUCUCAAUCUCAGGAAAGGGCGGUAGGGAUAGUGCACAAGAGAUUGUCAGAUUGGUCGAAAUCUCAGAUCCUUUUGACUUGAGUAUAAAUUGCGACAAUCUAUAUCUUGGAAACGCACCGCCUAUCCUCACCCUAUGCGAUGUAAGAAAACUCAGCAUCUUUAUUCCGUUCGAUGGAGCGAAGGACUUCCAGCGCACCAGUGACUGCCUCUGGUGGUGGAUAGCCUCUCUUAAAGAGGUUCCACAAGAUAAUGACUUCGCCGAAAUAUCCAUCAAGUUCUUUGUGAAUCGAUACUCGAUCACUUACCUUCCUACGGGAAGGAGUAUGAUUCCGUGGAUCCAUUUCGACGAAGCACUGUCUGACUGGAAAUUCAAGUUGUAUGGCAGGUUUAGUGCCAUUUCUUUGAGGGCUGACGAAAUGGACAUGCCACCCUUCGAUCCCCAGCUUUAUGACGAGUGGAUCCGAUCUUAUGCUCUGGUGAGAUCUUUCACCAGUCACCUCGGUAAUAGUUUUCGACGACGUGCUUAA